UGCAGAAGAGAGCUAGAAUAAAACUGGUGUCCUGAACAUUUGCUUCAUCAAGGUAAAAAAAAAAAGAAGAUAUGGAAAGGUAAUUUUAAUGACUUUACUAAAUAGAAUAGUUUUUCAAUUGAUUAUGCAGAUUGGCAACAUUUGGCACUUUUUUUGUCUGCAAAGAACCCAGAAUGGUUCUUAAAGGCAGGUUUAACAGGCAGCAGAUGUGAUACUUUCAGUACAUUUUGUUGUUCUCUUUUUACAGUGUACUAAAGUGGAUGGAGAGGCUGCUGUUUCUGCUGGCUCUGAUCUAUGGCUGUUAUGGUGAAUAUCAAGGUGAGCGAUCUCUCCAAAGUUAGUUUUCACUUGUAAUUUUAACCAUGUAGUAGAUCUGGCCCUACAUGGACAUAACUGUUCAAAUAUUUGCUGUCAUUGAGUGUCCGUAACUCCUCUUCCGAUCAGGUUGCAUCGCUGCUAAUCUGUGGUGAAAUAACUAAGCAAAGCUCUAUAUAUUCAUCAUACAGUACAUCAAGACAUACUAGGUCAAGUUGCUUUCUGUACAUUUCUGUUGGUGAGCUUUUCUCCUUCCCUCAUUUUUAACCCAUACAGAUCUCUCAGGGAAAAAGUUCAUCAUCCCAGAUGAGGCAAGCAACUCAUUUGUAAAACUCUCUGCCAACGUCUCAAAGCCUGUUAUUGCUAUGACCAUGUGUCAGAGGUUCUUCACUGAGAUACACCGAGACCAGUCCCUUUUUUCUCUAGCAACCCCCUCUGAUUCCAAAGAUAUCAAUCUGUGUUUCCAAUCAACUGGUGGGUAUAAACUGAAUAUCAGAGGAGAUUCUGUUACUAUCAAAGGGUUGCCGGAAAAUAGAAAUGCAUGGAUCUCUUUUUGUGGCACAUGGGACUCUAAAACUGGUCUCACCCAGAUGUGGGCGAAUGGGAGACGAAGUACAUCAAAGAUUCUUAAGCCAAAUGGCCCUAUAAAUGGAAAACCAAGUAUAAUCUUAGGUCAAAACCAAGGCAGUUAUAGUGGAGGUUUUGUAGCAUCACAAUCCUUUGUGGGGGAUGUUACCGAUGUCCACUUCUGGGACAGUGUCAUCUCUCCCUGCCAAAUCAAAUUGUAUAUGCUGGGGAAAAACUUUACUCCAGGAAAUAUUCUCAACUGGAAAGCAUUGGAGUUCACUACUGGGGGAAAGGUGUUCAAGGAAAUAAGUGACUUUAACUGUUAGCAAACCAAGAGCAAUAAUUUUUGCCCAGGUAUUGAUAAUGUGUUACAUAUUAUGAUGAGAGUAAUCAUAAUACAUUUUCAGUUCAUGAAAGCUUUCACUCUAAAAGCUCUAUUACGAAUCAAUAUCCCAUCUUUUUAUGUUCCUGAGUAUUCAAUGAAUAUGUUUGAUGCCAGAAAGAAAACAAAAGAAGCUCUGAAAAGAAUAGUCCAAUAAAGUUUCAAUAACUUCUCAUAAAUAUUUGUAUUUUCAUUUAGCGUUUGUUUGCAGAUGACCUCUGAGUAGUGCAAAGUGUUAUUUUCAGAGGAGAAUGAAACCGAAAAAGCAGGAUGUCUUUAUUGAUAUUUUUCCAGUGUGUGUGUGUGUGCACAGGUCGUUGUGUAAAUAGAGAUGAAUGACUUUGCUGGCCAAUUGCAACCACCAGGCAGAACCACAUGCAGCUCUGUAUUAGCGCUGGAUUCCUUAAAACGCUUCUCACGGGAAAUUGCAUCCACCUGCGUGUUGAAACAAACUUGCAUGUAACUAAAAACCCACAAGAAUAAACCAGCAGAUCAGUUGAUCUCAUGUUGUUACCGUGUCAAAUCUUUGAUUCCAGACAGCUGCGUCUAGGUUCUACUCC